AUGGUGGAAGCGACCACUCACAACAAGCCCUCCGUGGCAUCCUCUUCAAAACAUAAAGGCAGUUGUUUCCGAUGGUUGAUAUCCUUCUUGGAAGCUCCUCUCACAGCUCUUCUUGCCUUCAUUUUGAAUUGGGUAGAUUAUCUUCUCUUUCUGAUCAUGUAUCAUUGGCAUGGAAAGACGUAUUUGGUUCAUGAUUUGAGAGGAGACAUGGAUUCAAGUUUAUUGGCUGCUCCCUAUUUUCCAACGAGUCAUUCGACUAAGAUUAAAAAUCCAAAAGAAUACUUUGAUAUGGAAAAUAAGAGUCCUAUUUAUCGUCAUUUGAUGAGUCACACUCGUGAUGGAUCAUUGGUUGAGAAGGAGAGCGUUCUCGAUGAGUUACUUCCACCCUCUACACGUGAUCAAUUAUUUCAUCAAGUCGAUGAACAAUAUUUGAAGGUCAAACACUUGUUACAACAAUUGGCAGAAAAGGAAAAUAUUUCUAAUUUGCAACAUGUGGACACUCCUUGGAAAAAUCUUGAAUAUCCUGAUUUUCAAUUGACACAAAAAGAUCAACGACUAGUUCCAGAAACUCUCUUUCAAUACUUUAAACAAUGCAUGAAUCAUUACGCUGACAAACCAUGUGUGGGACAACGAGUACUUCGAAAAAUGCAUUCGAAAGAAGUCAAUGCUGAAAAUGGAAAGAAGAAAGUUUGGUACACUCCUGAAUUUGAGAAUGAAGCAGUGAUUUAUACAUAUCGUCAAUUUGAAGAACGAGUCGAUGCUUUGGCAAGAGCCAUGCAAAAAUGUUUCAAUUUGGAGAGCAGUGGAGGAGAUUUGGACUUUUUCACCUUUGAUGACGACCAAUCUGUGAAGGAAAGUGAACAAACUCGAAAUAGUCGAUUUGCAAUUUAUGACGAUACUUCCUAUGAAUGGUUUGUUACAGCAUUGGCUCUCUUCCAGCAAAAUGUAUCCAUUGUAACUGUCUAUGCAAGUUUAGGAAUUGAUAGUUUGAUUCAAGCACUCAAUGAAUCCAAAGUCUCUGGUGUCAUGCUUCAUUUCAGUUCCCUGAAAGAAGUAGUUCCAAAAAUUGCAUCCCAAUGUCCUCGUGUCAAGUACAUUUUAUACAAUUUAAGAAUGUGUGAAAAUAGCAGUGACGAAGUCGAACGAAGAGAAAAGUUAUUGAAUGAACUCACACAAAAAUAUGGACAACAUCUCGUUCUGACCAAUAUUGAAGAAAUGAUUGAAAUGGGACUUCAAGAUUGUCGAAAUCAACAACAUGUUUCCUCAACAACAACAACAACAGAAUUUAAAAUCAAAGGCAAACCUCACACCAGUAAGGACGUGUGUAUUUUAAUGUACACAUCAGGAUCGACCUCAGCACCCAAAGGAGUUCUUUUGACUCAUCAUAAUUUAUUAUCAGCCAUUGCUUCCUUCAAUGUGUGUCUCGGUGUGGAACGUUCAUUGGAAUAUAUUCAUGUUGCGUAUUUACCAUUGGCUCAUAUUUUAGAAAUUCUCGUUCAUAGUAUUAUUUUCCUUCGAGGAGGAAUGAUUGGAUACUCGUCGGCACGAACGCUCUCUGAAGGCACAUGCUUACCGUGUGGUGAUUUGAAAUUCUGGAGACCUUCCUUACUCGUAGGAGUUCCCAAAGUGUUUGACACGAUCAAAAAAGGUGCACAAUUGCAACUGCAUUCCAUUGCUGAAAAACGAGGACCUUUCUUGGGUUGGCUUGUGAAUACCUUGUUCACAAUGGCGUAUCAAUGUAAACGAAAUGCUCUCAAGAUGGGUCGAGACACUCCUUUUUGGAAUUGGCUCGUCUUUAAAAAGUUUACAGAUGGAGUAGGAGGACGAUUGAAACUCAUGCUUUCAGGAGGUUCAGCACUCAUUCCUGAAACUCAGGAAUUUCUUCGAAUUGGAUUUAAUUGUGUCUUUAUGCAAGGAUAUGGUUUGACAGAGACAUGUGCUGGCUCCACCGUGUCCAAUGCCUAUUUCCCAUUUGAAACUUGUCAUUGUGGACCACCAGUGCCAUGUGUUGAAAUUCAACUCGUCGAUGUUCCUGAAAUGGGUUAUACUCAUCGAGAUUUACCAAAUCCAAGAGGAGAAUUAUGGGUUCGAGGAGAAAAUGUCACACUCGGAUAUUACAAGCAAAAAGAUUUAACUUUGGAAGCCUAUGGAAAAUUACCAAAUUUCGAUCAAGAGAGCGAACCGAAUUCCUUUUUCAGAACUGGAGACAUUGUAGAAAUUUUACCCAAUGGUUUUAUUCGAGUGGUGGAUCGUGUGAAAAAUUUAACCAAACUUCAACAUGGUGAAUAUAUUGCAUUGAACAAGUUGGAAAGUAUUUUUGCAGAUUCACCCUAUAUUCAACCGAAUGGAAUUUUAGUGUAUGGAGAUUCAUUUAGAGAUUAUGCAGUUGCUUUGGCAUUACCUCAAAUGAAAUAUUUGGAAUCAGUGGCACGUGAAAAGGGAAUUGAAUUUCAUUCGAAUUUGGAUUUGAUUCAAAAUCCUCAACUAUUGAAACUUGUUCUGAGAUCGUUGGAUGAAUUGGCAGAUCAAGCGAAAUUGGCAUCGUUUGAACGAGUGAAAAAGAUUUAUCUAUGUGAAGAGGAAUGGACGGUCGAAAAUGGCCUAUUGACAGCCACACAAAAGUUGAAACGACAUGCCAUUGUUGACAAGUACAAACGUCAAAUUGAGAACAUGUAUCAAGAAUAA